AUGGAGGAAAGGUUAACCCAGCCAUGUAAAGACUCCUCCUUAAUUCCCUCCACAUAUCCUCCUCCUCCUUUUUGUACUCCAUCAUUUGUUUUUGGCUCAAUCACUAAUGAUCCUGAUUACGAAGCUACUCAGCCUACCGAUGAAGCAACUCGGCUUGGUAAUGGUAAUUCCGGUUUGACCGAUGAAGAUGCUGCAGACAUCGUUUGCAUUCUCCAUCCUGAUUCCGAACCUGCUCGCCGGGUUUGUUCCGAAAACUACAAAUGGAACCCGAAUAAUACAAUCAGCCUUGAAGGUGAUAUAUCUGACUCAGAACCCCAAAGUCUGAUUCCCUGCGACCUGGCACUCCGACUGUCGGCGGAUUUAAAAGAUCCUAAUCUGGGCUGGAUUUUUGGUCGAAGCCACGAACGAUGCGACGUCGUGAUAAGAGCAGGCUCGCCCCAUCAGGUCAGCAAUCAACACUUCCGCAUUUACCUCAAUGAGCACUGUAUUCUCAUGAUAGAGGAUAUGUCCACUAAUGGUAUCGCGGUUGAUGGUACUCUGCUCCAAUAUAAGUACAGGAAAGAAGGUAAACCCCAUCGGCAAAUUCUUGAAAACGGGAGCAUUCUCUCCAUACCUUUAUUCAAAACCAGGGCCCUCAAUUUCAAUUUUAUCAUUCGGGUACCGCAGCGUAGUUAUAAAGCCCAAGAGGCUUAUGAAAACAACUUCGAUGAUUAUAUGCGUCGAGCUCAAGAAACUCAAGUCCGACACGUCGUUGAGGGUGGCGCAAAUAGGCAACCACUUGACCUCUUCCCGAACGCUGCUAAUCGAGGUGCAAGCUCUUCCUUGAUGCUCAGAAAGCGACGGGAAUGGAAAGGUGGUGAAAAAUACCACAAGAUCGACAUGGUCGGCAAAGGUGCUUUCGCCGUCGUUUAUAGAGUGACUGACAGAAGAACCGGAAUUCCCUUCGCUGCCAAGGAGCUUGAGAAGAAAAAGUUCCUGAAGAAUGGAAUCCAAAAAAUCGAUUCCGAGAUUAAGAUUAUGAGCAAGAUUCAACACGAAAAUGUAGUUUCGUUCGUCGAAUGUAUUGACUGGGAUGAUUAUCUAUACAUUGUCAUGGAGUAUGUGCCUGAAGGAGAUCUUACAGGCCUCAUUGCAACAUGUCAUCACCUGCCUGAACAUGUAGUCAAGGACAUAGCCGUCCAGCUAUUGAGCGCAUUGAAGUAUCUUCAUUCGCUAAAUGUCACUCAUCGUGAUAUCAAACCUGACAACAUUCUAUGCCAGAGUCGCAAUCCUAUUCACGUCAAACUGACCGACUUUGGCCUGUCAAAGAUGAUUGAUACAGAAGACACAUUUCUACACACUUUUUGUGGCACAUUGCUAUACUGUGCACCAGAAGUUUACAAUGAAUAUCCGCAAUACAACCUCGCAGGUCAAAGAACCAAUCGUCGUGACAAUACCGCAACGCAGCAGAGAUAUGACCACGCUGUUGACAUUUGGUCCCUCGCCUGCGUACUGUUUUAUGCGUUCUGCGGAUCUCCGCCAUUUCCUGUAGGAGGUAACUCACAUCAUACGCAACUACUCCGAAAAAUCAUGGGAGACGCUCUAGAUGUCAGGCCUUUACAACAUGUCAAAGUAUCAGAUAAUGGAAGAAGUUUCGUUGUAAAAAUGCUUCACAUAAAUCCAGAACAUCGUGCUACUAUCGAGGAAUUAGAACAAAGUCCUUGGUUGACGGGAGACGUAGAUGAAACAGAUGAUGAAGAUAUUGAAGAGCUUGCGCUGCCCGCUUCUCAGUUAAAUUUGUUGGACAAUCCCGAGAGUGGAGAUGAAAAUAAUGACUUUGGUGCUGACAUGAUCAAUUUUCAACCUCGCAAGAAUCCGAGCAGCUUUAACACUGAUGACUCGGACGAUGAGGGGCCUGCAGAAGUGGAAAGCUCAAUGCCGAGUAAUUUCGGUGAAAAUACCCCUGGUGCCGAAAGUCUUGUAGGACAAGAAGGUUAUGAGUUCAUCCGAAAUCCUGCAAAUAAUGGUCGCCUAUUUGGAGAAGUUGAUGUGGAUUCCUCCGCUUUAGGAAGCUCCGGAGCCGUACCGUUAGGUCAAUUGGACCUUCCCACUCCAAUCCAGCACAUUCGAAAUAAGCAUCCUCGCCAGUUUUCAGAGCAAGACAAGACAAAACCUUUUGCAAAAUUCAAGACUCACCUUGAAGCCGCCAGCGCCAUGCCAAAAACACCACCUCCACCACCACCUUCAACUCGCCGUCGUGUUGUAACUCCAGCUGCGAAAUACUUCGAAAAUGGAGUUACGCAAAAUUUCUCGAGCCUUAUGGGUGCUGUAUCUCAACUGGGUCAUUUGCAGAUGAAUUCUCCUUCCAUUUCACCAAGCGAAAUCUCAGCAGACCAAUUACUAAAUCUGUCUCAUGCCCAGACGGACAAUACGAGUCUCCGAAGACCUAGAGACAACAGUAAUGUUUGGCACCCUGAAGAUCUUCCGCCGCAGAAACGCCAAAAAUCCACGCGGACAAUUGACUUCUUGUUACCCCCGCAAACAUUUUGGAAUCCUAGAGAUAAGUCGACUCACCAUGAGGAUUAUCCACCCAUGUUAGCGACCGAGUGGAAUCGAUAUGUUGAACUUGCCGAGUCAAAAGGAGAAAAGUUUCAGCAUGGUUGCACAACAUUUGAGAACGUGAUGGUUAGCUUUAGAAGCAAUAGCAAGACUCCUUCAAUAGGAUCAAGUGUGUCGUUUCGAGCUCAAUCUGAACCUUUGGUUGAAGGGGCACAAACUUUUCCACGAUUGGCGCGCGACGUACGAAGACUCAGCGAUGACGCUUCUGCACAGCAGAGCAUAGCCUCUAGGGAUAAUUUGUCUAUCCAUAGCAACGUAUCUCCGCCUCAAGUAGCGCAAACCUCGGGACCUAAUUCAAUGGUGAACGCCGGUACGAAAGAAGAUAACACAUUGCUUCCUACGAUUGAAGCUAGGGCAGAAGGCACAUUAACUACCGACCUAAAAGACAACAUUGCUGCUAGAAACGAUUUCCAGGUUCCUAAGCGGGUGCUUGCAAAGUUUUCUGCAACUCCAGACUCUUAUAUACCAACCAUCUCUUUCAACGUUACGGAGCCCUUUACAUCUUGGGGUCGCGGCUGCUUCAAUACCAUCCCAUACACAACCCGCGAUAAUGUUCGAGUUGCAGUUCCAAGAUACGCCUUUAAGCUUUUACUAUUCAAAAAUGGUUUCUAUCCCUCAGAUGGAAAUUAUAUCGAAGAAUGGAACAAGAGCCGUGGUGAUGAAGAAGGCUUCAGAUUCUUGAUCUCUACCAAGUCCUCCGCAGGUCUAACAAUCAAUGGUACCAAGCUUCCAAGCCAUAAUUUUGAGGAUCCAUUGUUAGAAUCGAAGUAUUGGGGAGAGAUUCGUAAUGGCGACAUUAUCACCAUUAGUAAUUCGAAGAACACAUUGUUGAAACUCAAGUUUGAAUGCUUCUGGGGUAUGGGUAAAUUUAAGCGGAAGGACUCCAAGUUCUUUCUCUACAAGGAAACAGAUCAUAUUGCCACAAUUGAUCGGGCUUGUUUGAAACUUCAAAAUGCUGUUCUCGAAGAACGCUCGAAACGAAUGGUAGAGGGAAAAAAAUUGGCUAAAGAGAUCAAUCAUCAACGAAAAGAAUCUGUGGGCCUUUAA